GUUUUCAAUCGUUUUUUUUUCUCUCUGUUUCUUAUAGCUUAAGCUUAAUUUAUUUACAGAUAAAUUUAAAAAACUCAAAUGCCACAAAAAUGCGGUUGACGGACAGGACCACACAAUUGACGGAAUUGUCACGAAUGAAAGCCCUAUAACAUAUUCGGCCAAUUGGAACUGUCAAUGAUUGAAGAUUACUGCCAAACCAAUCAACUCCAGUUAAAACGGCAAUAGAAUCAACUUUAUGGCUUUUUACCAGUAGCGAUUCGCUCAGAGACGUGAUGCUGUGCUGUAUUGAUUCCAAUAAUGAGUCACUCAAAAUUGUAUUCCCAUACUAUGAAGAAUUAAUAGAAGGAACAGACCGCAAAACCGAAAAGAAAACGAACCAUAUUUUCCGCCAAGUGUCCAGUAAUCAACGACUUGGCUGUGGCCCAACUGCACCGCAGUAA